AUGGCUGCCCCCAAUGAACUCCUCUUCUACAUCAAUGGGAAAAAGAUUGUGGAGAAAAAUGCAGAUCCAGAGGAAGUCCUGCUCAGUUACCUCCGGAGGAAAGUGGGUCUGACGGGGACCAAGUCUGCCUGUGGAGGAGGGGGCUGCGGGGCCUGCACCGUCAUGGUGUCCAGAUACGACUGCAGCCAGGACACAGUGAUACAUUACACGGUGACAGCUUGUCUCCAGCCCAUAGUCACUCUUCACGGAGCAGCUGUGGUGACUGUGGAAGGCAUCGGUAGCACCAAAACCAAACUUCACCCAGUCCAGGAGAGGAUAGCCAAGGCACAUGGCUCUCAGUGUGGUUUCUGUACUCCUGGGAUGGUCAUGUCCAUGUACACUCUGCUGAGGAACAAGCCCCAGCCCAGCAUGGAGGACAUCAGGGAGGCUCUGGCUGGAAAUCUGUGUCGCUGCACUGGUUACAGACCGAUCAUCGACGGGUUCAAGACGUUCUGCGACACUCAGUCUGGAUGCUGUCCAAAUGGAACAGGGAGAGGGAAGUGCUGCAGGGAAAAUGGACACAACGACUCCAGGGAAAGUGAUAUUUCAGAAGAGCUUUUCCUCCAGGACAGUUUCUUACCUUUGGACCCCACUCAGGAUCUCAUCUUUCCCCCAGAGCUCAUGGUUUCUAAGCAGGGCACUGGAGACGUCCUGUGCUUCAGAGGAGACCAGGUCACUCUUUUAGCUCCGUCGGACCUGCCACAGCUCCUGGAACUCAAAUCCAAGCACCCAGAGGCCCCCCUGGUCCUCGGAAACACCACUAUAGGUCCAAAGCUCCUGGUGAAAGAGCAGCCCAGUCCUCUGCUCAUCUACGCAGGGAGAGUGUCUGAACUGUCCCGAGUGCAGUGGUCCAAGAACGGCCUGAGCAUCGGGGCGGGCAGCAGUCUGAGCUGUCUGAAGGGGGAGCUGGAGAGGGCAGCGCAGCGGGCAGAGGAGGAGGAGAACGCGGGGUACAGGGCUCUGCUGCAGACGCUCCAGUGUGUGGCCGGGAAGCAGAUCCGGAACAUGGCAACCAUUGGAGGGAAUAUUGUGAGUGCCAACCCCAAGUACGACCUGUGCAGUGUUCUGGCUGCUUUGGACUGCACCCUGGACCUCUGCUGCAAAGGAGGUACCAGGACGGUUCCUCUGGAUGACAAACUGUUCCCUGCUUUUGGAAAGACCAUCCUAAGACCAGACGAAGUGCUGCUGUCGCUCCAUGUCCCGUACUCCAAACCGUGUGAGUUUGCAGCAGCGUUCCGUCAGGCCCAGAGGAGGGAGCUGGCCUUCUCCUUCGUGAACGCUGGGAUGAAGCUCAGUCUGCACAGAGGCUCCAACACCAUCCAGUCCCUCCGGAUCUUCUACGGAGGAGUGGGGCCCACACUGGUCACACCUGCCCUCACCUGUCAGCAGCUCGUCGGGUGGCCAUGGGGGGAGGAGCUUCUCUCUAAGGCCUGCUCCUCUCUGACGGAAGAGAUCCGGGUCCCUGCGUCCAUCCCCGGAGGAAAGGCCGAGUACCGCAAAACCCUGGUCCUCAGCUUCUUCUACAAGUUCUACAUGUACGUCACAGAGGAGAUGAGGAAGAGGGGGGUUUCAGAUGCCAGGCUCCCCGCAGAGUACCUGAGCGCCCUCACCCCCUUCAAGAACGACGUGCCACAGGGGACGCAGUCAUUCCAGCUCGUGUCCCAGUCUCAGCCCUCCUUGGACCCGGUGGGGCGUCCCAGCAUGCACUGCAGCGGAGUGGAGCAGGCCACAGGAGAGGCCAAGUACUACGACGACCUGCCGCCCGUCCACGGAGAGCUGUUUGUGCACAUGGUGACCAGCACCCGCGCCCACGCCACUAUUAUAAACAUUGAUCCAACCCAGGCCCUGCAGAUGCCUGGAGCGGUCACCUUCAUCUCAGCUGCAGACGUCCCGGGCUCCAACCAGAGACCGUGGUUCAACACUGUGGAGGAGAUCUUCGCCGAGAAAGAGGUGUAUUGUGUGGGUCAGAUCAUCGGAGCGUUGGUGGCAGAGUCCAGGGAGCAGGCCCGGAGAGCAGCAGCCAGGAUCCAGGUGACUUAUGAGGACCUACAGCCAGUCAUCCUCACCAUACAGGACGCUAUAAAACAUGACUCCUACUUCGAGCCCAAGAGGAAGAUCGAGAGAGGAGAUGUGGACACAGCAAUGGGCACAGCAGAGCACAUUCUAGAGAGUGAGAUCUACAUGGGCGGUCAGGAGCACUUCUACAUGGAGACCCAGGGGCUGGUUGCAGUGCCGCGGGGAGAGAGUGAUGAGAUGGACCUGUACGUGGGCACUCAGCACGCCGCCCUCACUCAGGAGCUGGUGAGCCAGGCUCUUGGCGUCAGCUCCAACAAGAUCACCUGCCACGUGAAGAGGCUGGGGGGAGGCUUCGGAGGGAAGAUUAUGAAGAUUGCACCACUGUCGGCCAUCACCGCUGUGGCUGCGCACAAGACGGGUAAAGCUGUGCGCUGCUGUCUGGACAGAGGAGACGACAUGCUCAUCACCAGUGGGAGACACCCUUUCCUGGGACAGUACAAGGUGGGCUACAACAGUGAUGGGAGCAUUGUGGCUGCAGAUAUCACUUACUACAGUAACGGAGGCUGCACUCUGGAAGAGUCUGCUUUUAUCAUGGACAAGGCCCUGCUGCACAUGGAUAACGCCUACAGGAUCCCUCACCUGAGGGGACGGGGCCUGGUGUGUCGGACCCACCUGCCCUCGUACACGGCCUUCAGAGGGUUUGGGGGUCCACAGGGGCUCAUGGUCAUCGAGAGUGUGCUGCACGAGGUGGCUGUGCGCUGUGGACUGCCCCCAGAGAAGGUGCGUGAGGUGAACAUGUACCAGGGUGACCUGUGCUACACCCACCACAUGCAGCCCUUCUGCCCCACCAACAUGCUGCGCUGCUGGGACCAGUGUCUGCAGAGGGCUGGCUACGAGCGCCGCCUCCAGGACAUCCAACGCUUCAACUCCCACAACCGCUGGAAGAAGAGGGGCAUCGCCGUGCUGCCCCAGAAGUUUGGAAUAGGCUUUUCCAAAGGAUUCUACAACCAGGGUGCAGCCCUGGUGAACAUCUACAAGGACGGCUCUGUGCUGGUGUCUCAUGGAGGCACGGAGAUGGGACAGGGCAUCCACACCAAGGCUCUGCAGGUGGCCAGCCGUGUGCUCAAAGUGCCCAUGUCCAGAAUCUUCAUAAAGGAGACGUGCACAGGAAAUGUCCCCAAUGCAACUCCGUCAGCCGCCUCCUUCGGCACAGACACAGUGGGCAUGGCUGUCAAGGAUGCCUGUGAGAAGCUGAUGAGACGCCUCAAGCCCAUCAUGGAAAAGAGUCCCAAAAACUCAUGGAAACAAUGGGUGAGUGAGGCGUACUUUGAGAAGAUCAAUCUGUCCGCCACUGGUUUCUUCAUGGGCCCUCCGACUCAUGUGGACUGGGAGAAGGGAGAGGGGAAUGCCUACUACUACUUCACUUUUGGGGCCUGCUGCUCUGAAGUGGAGAUAGACUGCCUCACUGGAGAUCAUAAAAACAUCCGGACAGACCUCGUGAUGGACGUGGGCAAAAGCAUCAACCCUGCUCUAGACAUUGGACAGGUGGAGGGAGCCUUUGUCCAGGGCCUGGGGCUCUACACCAUAGAGGAGCUGCACUUCUCUCCAGAUGGGACCCUCCUGACCAGGGGCCCGUCUCAGUACAAGAUCCCCGCUCUGUGUGACGUCCCGGCAGAGCUGAACGUGCACCUGCUGGCCGAAGCCCAGAACCACCACGCCAUCUACAUGUCCAAGGGUGUUGGCGAGCCCCCGUUGUUUUUUGGCUCUACUGUGUUUUUUGCAAUAAAGUCGGCCAUUGCUGCGGCGCGUUCAGACAGAGGCCUGAGUGCUGCGUUCCCCCUGAGCUCUCCAGCUACAGCCGCCAGGAUCAGGAUGGUCUGUGAGGACCAGUUCACACACAUGGCUUCAUCCUCGACAGAGAAGGCCUCCUCUCCCUGGAGUAUCGACGUCUGA